ACUGACACCUUAUGUUAUCAUAUUUAAACUAAACAAAAUAGAAGGUAACAAGAGAUGUACAUAGCCAUGUUUGUUAGAGAACUCUCUAUAUACAUCAAAAGAGAAGUUAGGGAAAUGAGUUUCCAAAUUAUUACCACAAUAGUCUUUACUUUGUCUAUGGCAUUUUUUGUACUACUAUUAGGAAUGUUUAUCAAUGACCAAUUCAAGAAGAUUGUUAUUUAUGAAGAUUUCUACUUCCCUCAUCAACUCACCACAAAAUUCUCACCAAUGUACAAUCUCUCUGUCGUCUCGACACAUCUUGUUUGUAACUCUUCAUCUAAUUCUAGUACUUCCAAUAGUAGCAUGGAGUUGAAAGAUUGGCUUUCUCCUAAGGAUCUUUGGCACGCGAUGAACGACGAAGAACUAAUGUGGAGAGCUUCCAUGGUGUCUCAAAUAAAGGAUUACCCUUUUAAUAGAACUCCAAAAGUGGCAUUCUUGUUCUUAACAAGAGGAAGAUUGCCAUUGGCACCACUUUGGGACAUGUUCUUUAAAGGAAAUGAAGAUAUCUUCUCAAUAUACCUACAUACUUCACCAGAUUUCAACUAUGAGCCUCCUCCAUCAUCUGUGUUUUAUAAAAGAAGGAUACCUAGCCAGGCAGUACAAUGGGGAAGAGCAAGUAUGAUCGAUGCAGAGAGACGACUUUUAGCAAAUGCACUCCUCGACAUCUCUAAUGAAAGAUUCAUAUUACUCUCCGAAACAUGCAUUCCUUUGUUCAACUUCACUACAAUUUAUAAUUUCCUAACAAAAUCCAACCAAAGUUUCCUAGGAUUAUUCGACGAUCCGAGGAAAAUAGGUCGCGGGAGGUACAACAAACGUAUGUAUCCGAUCAUAACAAUUUCAGAUUGGCGAAAGGGCUCGCAAUGGUUCGAAGUUCAUCGCGAACUCGCCCUUAAAAUUAUCUCCGAUGUGACAUAUUACCCUGUUUUUAAGAACUAUUGUACACCACCUUGUUACAUGGACGAACAUUACUUGCCAACAUUAGUGAACAAAGUUUGUCCUAAAUUAACGUCGAAUUGGAGCGUUAUGUGGGCCGACUGGUCAGCUGGCGGUUCGCACCCGACAACAUUUUUGAGGAAAGAUGUGACGGAGGAGUUUUUGGAUAGUGUUAGGUAUGGGUUUAAUUGUAGUUAUAAUGGAGAGUUGAGCUCAAUUUGUUUUCUUUUUGGGAGGAAGUUUCAUCCUAGUACUUUGCAACCUUUACUUAGGAUUGGACCAAAGUUGUUUGGUUUUGGUUGACCGAUUAUUUCCUUGUCUUUUUAUAGAGUUUAUAAGUAUUUUCGAGGGACGGUAUAAAAAAUAUUUACAAAAUCAAAUCGCUUGUAAUAAUUGAGUAUCAUCAACC